AUGGAGGGGUCAACCGAAGACCUCCCAGACACCCAGACCUCUGUGGCAUCCACCUUGGAGGAUAGCGUGAGCUCGGCCAGAUGGGCCGAGGACUCUACAGCAGAUGCGGGAAAUCAGGCAGAUGCUGAAGAUGCUGAAGGUGCAGAUGAUGCAGAUGAUCCAAACGAUAUGGAGGCCUCAGUAGCAGAUGAGACGGAUCUACAAGUGUUUGCUGAGGAUGGUGACAGCCAAUCGAGAAAUGUUCCUCGCGGGGAGCUUGAGGUUGUGGAUGUCAGUUUAAGUGGCAGGGCCCAGCGUAGGCUUGCACGCCAUGCGCGGAGGGCCAGGAUACCAUUGGUGUCUCGAGCCCUGGUGGUGGAGGAAUUUGUGGAUGUCGAGGAAGUCGCUAGUGAAGUGCAUGAUGCUGAGCGAGACCGCCUGCUGCGCAUGGAUGUUUCCAGUGAUGAGGGAGAUGUGGUGCCCACUUCCCGUGCCAGCGCUCGUGGGACCCGUGCCACCCGCAGCACUCAGCCAAGAGUGCAGAGUGCUGCGUUGAGCGUCAACACAGGACGCAUGGUGCGUUUGCGGCGGCCAGCACGGAGCGCGACUUCCAGAUCUUCCAGGGCUCAGCGUACGCAGCGUGAGGCAUCUCCACCAACAGCACCUGCAGAGCGGGUGGGAAAUUUCAGCUGGAGUGCUGUGGACGCUGCUGGCUUUGAAGCUCAGCCCUCUUCAUCUUCAAGGCCCGACCAUUUGAAUGGAGAGAGCUUGCCAGGGAUGCUGGAUGUUCCUCUGAGCCCAGAUCGCGAGAGCCCAUUGCCAGAUAGAGAAAAUACGCUUCCAGAGUCGUGGUUUCUUGACCCAGAGGAUGAUGCUGUGGCUGCCCCUCACUUCACUGAACCUGGAGGGAUGGCUGGAUUUUCAUGUAUCUAUGUGGAGCCAGUUCGGCCAGGCAUGGAGCCCAGAAAUUGUGGCCAAUGCCAUUGUCCUUUUGGACUGGGAGAGUUGCGGUUGGGCUACACACCGUGUGGAGUUGCAGCAGACGGCCGACAGUUUUUGCCCGUUUGGGUUCAUGCCUUCGUUUGCACUCGCCGCGCUCGUUUGGCCAUCCGUUUCGAUGGGGAAGCCGUGAGCUUCAGCCCUGCCGUACCCUUGGUGGACCGGAAUCGACUGGUAGACGAGCUCAGACAGCUCCAUCAGUCACUGACCAGUGGAAGCAGGCAACGAACUCAGCCCAGGCAGCUGUGCAUCCGACCCUGGCGAUACAUCCCUUCCGUUUUGCAACGAUGGCCAGUGAUGCACUUGAAUGAAGCAGCCCCUUCUUCAGAAGCAUCCAGAAGCCAGAAUUCCAGGCCAGGAUGGCGCCUGCCUUCCCCACCUCGGCGGGCCGCAUCACAUGAAGGUGACCCAAUCGCGGACCUUUUGGAUACCGAUGUGGAGAGAUUGGAGAGUGACCUUGGAGCCCGACAUGUGCAAGAAGUACUGGCUCAGCUGGUGUCGGGGAGCCUGCCCCAGCUCAGUGGCGAGACCGACUUCGACACGUUGCCAUCUGUACCGGUGCCAGUGCCUCCUAUGAUUCCAAAUUUCUUGGCUUUCCAGAACCGCCCAGAACCCCCAGAAGCUCCUGCUGCAUCUGCUGCUGCACGGCUGUUGGCGGAAGUUCCUGUUUUCAAAGCUGAGAAGAAAUCAGAGGAGCCGUGCGUGGUCUGCAGAGAAGAUAUUCGUGUGGGCCAGAUGUGCCGUCGCUUGCCUUGCCUGCAUCUUUUUCACCGCGAAUGCAUCGACCAGUGGAUUGCUGUCAAGGCCACUUGCCCGUUGGACAAUUUGAAGCUGGAAGAGAUGCUUUCCCAGCAGCAUUCCCUGGAAGUGGGGGAGGAGCCAGCGCCCAGGCGGAGGUCGAGAUCCCGGUCACCAUUGCCCCGCACCUGGUCGGAGCCGGAGCCGCGCAGCCGGAGCUCCUGGGAUGUUCGGUUCCGGCGCAGCCGCUGGGAUCCGGAGCCCAACUGGCGCUUCCGACGAAGGCCCUGGGAUCGCUACUGGGAGGGCCAUGGCACGGCGACCGGAGCUCCAACCCCUGGAGGCUCCAGUGCAGCAGCUCCGGUAACACCACUGCCACCGGUGCCACCGGUGCCACCACCACCGGUGAGACCGCCAGCUUUUCCACCGCCUCCCAUGCCAGUGCCCGGGGUGCCUGUUGUCAGGCCAGUUUUCCCAUCCUCACUGCCCAGUGGAAUGCAACCCACAGCACCGAUGCCAUCAGCUGUGCCGGCAGCACAGAUGCAACAAGCGCAGCAGGCGCAAAUGCUGCAAGCUGCGCAAUUUCAGGCCCAACUCCAGGCACAAGCCCAGAUGCGUGCCUUUAUGCAGCCUCCUGGACCUCCAGCACCAGCAGCUCCGCAUGCUCCGCAUGCUCCGCAUCCACAACAUGCACCACCGCGUGCAUGGGGAGCUGCAAAAGGAGCUGGAAAGACUGGUGGCCCAAGGCCUCUAACAGUUGGGAGCCUCGAAGUCAUCUUCGGGCCACUUCAGUUCCAGCUGAACAAAUGCGUGGAAGAUCGCGGGAUUUGUUUUUGGCGGUUCAUGGGUCCAGUUUUUUUUUGCAUCCUGUGGCUCUGCACUCUGCAGACAUGCAGUGGGGAGAUCUUCUUGGAUUUCCUCAUCCUUUGUUCAGAUCUUUGCGUUUGUGGCACCUUCGUUGUUGUUUUCCUCCAGUUGCGCAAGAGUAGAUCGGCUGCUGGUCUGUCUCUACAGACCUUGGCGACAGUGGUAGGGGCGAGGGUCAUUCAUUUGAUCAGCCACAAUAUCCAGCUGCACUACUCUCCCACGGUGCUACCAUGGUUCAUCUACCCAACAAUGGAUGUGGUGAGUGCGUGUGCAGGGGUUGCACUUCUAGUGUCCUUCUGCAUGUACUACUUCCCAAGCUACGAGAAGGAGAAGGACAACUUUGGCAUUCACAUCUUUGAGAGGCUUGAGAUCGUUGCCAAGGAUAGUCCUUUGAAGACAAGCCCGGCGGUGGCAGCAUCCUUUCUAUACUCAGUUGUGGCAGUCUUGGCCUUCCUAUGGUACUUCGUACGAAAAUCUCAACGGAGCUUUCUUGUGAGCUAUUUCUGCUGCUACUACGAGGCUAUGGGGGCAGUAGCUUUGAUCCCCCAGCUAUGGAUGUUUCAUCAGGACAAGCGGGUUUCACCGCUUUUAGCCAAUUUUGUGGUGCUCACUGCCAUGCAUCGGAUUUUCACUCUCGCCUUCUGGAUUUCUUACCCCCGGAUUUUUGUGUGGCGAUAUCCAGACAAUCGUGGCAUACAGAUGGCAUCUGAGACGCUGAACCUUUUGAUCCUCUCGGACUUCCUGUUUUACUGGGUCAGAUCGAAACUUAGAGGUGAUUCUGAGGUAAUCAUCGGAGAUGGGAUGAUGGUUUGA